CCACCACUCAAGUGUAGGGUCAUAGAGAUACACUCUGAGAGGAUCAGAACUUUCAUUCUAGAUACAAACAUAUGUUAUUGGAAGCCUCCGACAGUUCAUUUUUCCGGCAAUUUGUCGAACAGAGCAUAUUCAAAUUUCAAACUACUCACAAGUAUGUAAAACACUCCAAUAUCUUCCACCUGCUUGAAAUUUUUACUCACAAAUGAAUUGAGAAAGCCAACGGAAAGAUCCCAUUCUGACUUCGUAGAGCCAGCGUUGCACUUACCUCGUCAAAGGAUAUUGUCUCUCUUUUUUUUUCCUUUUCUUAUUCAUGAGGCCAACAAUUCACCACCACCAACAUACCAACUCGUAAAGUGAGGAGGUAUGUGGAGGAUAGAGUAAUAAACAACUACCGAUAGUAGCAAAAUAAUACUAUAAUCAAACAUAUAAUAACAUAAAACGAAGAACAAGAAACAACAGUAAUACUACGACUACUAGAAUGAACAGCAAGUCAAUACACUCCUACUUACCUCCUACCUACGACCCUUCUAGCCUAAAAUAAAAAAGAAAGCACUUUAGCCAAUAAUAGGGUCGGGUAAGAAUCUGGCCUGUCUAUCUAGGGAAGCCCUAAAACCCAAAUAAAUCAGCCCAGCCCAGCCCAUUUGAGAAAAGCCCAGAACAUCAAGAAAAGACGUUAGAAUUCAUAUGACCAUUUGGCCCCUAAUUUGAAUUCCUUGGCCAUUGGCGCCAUGAAAUGCAAUGAAUCAAGCUGUUUCCCAUCUUCUCCAAACUUGCAAAACUCUACACAGGUUAAAAUCCGUCCACGCCCAUUUAUUAGUAUGUGGAUCCAUUGCCUCAUCAGACCUUGUUCUGAACAAAAUUAUUCGCCUUUAUUCUCGUUUCGGUGCCACAAACUAUGCUCGCAAGGUGUUUGAUGAAAUUCCUGAACGAAACCCUUUUCUUUGGACUUCAAUAAUUCAUGGGUAUGUUGAAAAUUCUCAGCAUACUGAAGCUUUUUCUCUCUUCCGUGAUAUGCGUAUUGGCGAUGUUACGCCUUUGAAUUUUACUAUAUCAUCUAUACUUAAGGCAUUAGGACGGCUGAAAUGGCCGAGAGAUGGUGAGGGGAUGUUAGGGCUAAUAUGGAAAUGUGGGUUUGGUUUUGAUUUACUUGUGCAAAAUUCUGUGAUUGACUGUUUCAUGAGAUGUGGGGAAGUUGAUUGUGCCAGACGAGUAUUUGAUGGGAUGGAGGAAAAGGAUGUUGUUUCUUGGAAUUCAAUGGUAUCGGGGUAUGUGACUAAUGAUAGACUCGAAAUUGCACGAGAGUUGUUUGAUAGCAUGGAUGAGAAAAAUGUAGUUUCUUGGACUAGUGUGAUAUGUGGCUAUGUUAGGAAGGGAGAUAUGGAGGAGGCUAGGAACCUUUUCAACAAUAUGCCUACUAAGGAUAUGGCUGCUUGGAAUGUGAUGAUUUCAGGGUAUACAGAUGUUGGUGAUAUGCAGACAGCGAAUUCUCUGUUUCAGGCAAUGCCUGUUCGUGACACUGGAACAUGGAAUUUGAUGUUAUCAGGGUAUUGUAAGGUGGCCGAGUUAGAAAGAGCAAGGGACUACUUUGAACGAAUUCCCUGUAGGAAUGUGGUGUCAUGGACUAUGAUGAUAGAUGGUUAUGUUAAGUCUGGGAAAUUGCAUGAAGCAAGGUGUUUAUUUGAUGAAAUGCCUCAGAAAAAUCUUAUUACAUGGUCAACCAUGAUUAGUGGUUAUGCUAAGAAUGGGAAACCUUCUGCUGCUUUGGAAUUGUUCAAAAACUUCAAAAAGCAAAGUCUUGAACUGGAUGAGACUUUUAUUUUGAGUAUCAUCUCAGCUUGCUCUCAAUUAGGGAUUGUAGAUGCAGUUGAGUCAGUCAUGAGUGUUGAUGUAGGAUCCAGAUAUUUUUCUGAUACACGUGUUGUUAACAGUUUGGUAGACCUCUAUGCAAAAUGUGGAAAUAUUGAGAAAGCCUCGCAAGUAUUUGAAAUGGCAGAUAAAAAAGAUUUCUAUUGUUAUAGUACUAUGAUUGCUGCGUUUGCUAAUCAUGGCUUGGUUGAAAAAGCAUUAUAUUUAUUUGAGGAUAUGCAAAGAGAGAAUAUAGAGCCCGAUGAAGUAACUUUCCUCGCAGUUUUGAGUGCUUGCAACCAUGGAGGACUUAUUGAUAAAGGGAGGAGGUACUUUAAACACAUGACUGAAGAAUUCAGAAUUCAGCCCACAGAAAAACAUUAUGCAUGCAUGGUAGAUAUCCUUGGUCGUGGUGGGUUCUUUGAAGAGGCCCAUGAGAUGAUAUUGAGUAUGCAUGUGGCUCCCACUUCAGCCGUUUGGGGUGCAAUGCUUGCAGCUUGCAAUGUUCACUGCAAUGUCCAGAUGGCUGAAGUUGCAGCAUCUGAGUUAUUCAAGAUUGAGCCUGAGAAUUCUGGAAAUUACAUUCUCCUGUCCAAUAUUUAUGCUGCUGCAGGAAGAUGGCAUGAUGUAGCUAGAGUAAGGGCACUGAUCAGAGAGCAUCAUGUGAAAAAAAAUCGGGGAUCUAGCUGGAUUGAGUUGGAUUCUGCAGUGCACGAGUUUGUAAUGGGAGAUGUGUCACAUGUGGAUGUAGACAGGAUAUGCUUCAUAUUGAGUCUACUAAAUGAAGAUAUGAAGCUUUCAGGAUAUACCAAAGAUAAGGAUCUGCAUCGAAUUUCGACGUGGUACCCCUCUUAUCUAUCUCUUUCAAGUGAUUCUGAAAUGGACGAGGAACUGUUUUGAGUGAUCUCUGCCACAACAUACCGAGGUACUUCUCCCGGAUGUAGAAUUUCAACAUUAACGUCCUUAUCUUAAAUGAUGAAAAUGUUUAGGAUUUGUAACCUGGCUCUUAAUAAAAUAUUAUUGAAACAGGCUUGUAUGUUUGUCAAAAGGCCAUAGUCAACCUUGAAAAUUU